AUGACCGGACAAAUGCCUCCGGACGCUGGGAAGAACGACAUCUUCGGCGAGCCGCUCAACCUGUACGCCCGUCCCGGCAAGUCCAACGCGGACGUGCGAGCCCUCACCUACUGCGACCUGCACAAGAUCCACCGGGAGGAUCUUUUAGAGGUGCUGGAAAUGUACCCGGAGUUCUCCGACCAUUUCUGGUCUAACUUGGAGAUCACCUUCAACCUGAGAGACACCAACAUGAUCCCGGGCUCGCCGGACAGUGACGAGACCGACAAGGGCUUCAACCGGCUGCGGCGGCGCAAGCUCUCUUUCCGGCGACGCACCGACAAAGGAUCGGCUGCGGGCGAGCUGCAGUGUUUGAAGGCACGGCAAAACGGAUUGCUGAGACGAUCACCUGGGCGAUGUGAAGCCGCCGGCCAAGGCGCUGCACCUAAGCUGCCAGAACUGCCAGGCGCCAUCCGGUCCCCAGUGGGAGCCCUGCCUCAGCAGCUCGGCCGCCUCCAGCGACGAGGAGGAGACCCCAAUCCCCGUCUCCAGGGCCACCGAGCUGUCGCCUUUCCACGCGGCGACCAGAAACCUGUCCGGGCCUCCCUCCGUAGUGCCCCCCGAGGAGCCGAGCGGCGACUCCUGCAACCCGCUCUCCGGAGCCUUUUCAGGCGUGUCGAAUAUCUUCAGCUUCUGGAGCGAGAGCCGAGAGCGUCAGUACCAGGAGUUGCCUCGUUGCCCGGCUCCUCCCCGCCCCGUCCUCGACCUCCCGCUGGCCGGCAGCGGCAGCCUCCCUUCCGGCAGGCGGCAUCAUCGGAGCGAGCUGGAGGGCCGGCUGGACCUGCUGCAGAAGCAACUCAACAGGUAGAGUGGGUGGACAUGGGGGGUGUGCGCGUGUGUCUGCUCCAGCGCCAAGCCGCCCUGGGGCCACCCGCCUACAGCACCGUCUCCUCGCCACAGCUGCCGAAUGCCACGCCGUCCUCGGGGGACCACCCCUUGGCCUUCCCGCCCGUCCUGGCGCAGGUGCUCUGCCCUCGGACACAGGUGCCUCCUUUCCCGCCGCCCCAACCUGACACCACCACGCCCGGCAAGGAGGUGGUCUUGCUGGUGGAGUUACCCUGCGCGGCCCCUCGGCGCCUCUCGCUCCCGGGACAGCUGACCCACGCGGGCCGCCCGGAUUUGCCUCCUCCCGACUUGCACAGACAUGGCUCGGACCCCGGCAGUUAA